GUACUGGAUCAUCGAAAAGUCAUGAGUGAACACCGCUAAUAGAAACAGAAAGACUACUUUUAUCACCAGAAGAAACUGUGAAGUACAUACUACAGACAGAGAGAAAGAAAUGGUAAAUGCUGUAAAUGUUUAUCAUCAUCAUCGAAGACCGCCAAUUCUUCCACUUCAAUGUCGCUCCUCUGCUCCUCCUCAUUUCACCAGGGGAGUGCCUGGAAAGCUUUUGUUAAAAUGUUCAUUUGAGAACACUACAUCAAGUGAUGUUGCAGUAAGGCAUGUGCUAUCUGGAUUUGCAGCCUCAUUAAUAUUUCUUUCCCAGACAAAUCAGGUUCUUGCAGCAGAUGUGUUUCAAUCCCACAAUAUCUGCCAGCUUGCAAGCGCUGCAGAAAAUAAAAUAACCCCCCUUCCACUUGAUGACAGUUCUGGUGGAGGAAUGGGAAAACUAAUGAUGAUGAGAGCUAUGACAGUCAAGGAUUUUGAUCCUGUCAGAUAUUCUGGAAGGUGGUUUGAAGUAGCUUCACUAAAAGGUGGAUUUGCUGGGCAAGGUCAAGGAGACUGCCAUUGCACGCAGGGCGUGUAUACAUUAGAUUUGGAAACACCAGCUAUCCAGGUAGAUACCUUUUGUGUUCAUGGUGGCCCUAGUGGUUACAUCACAGGUAUAAGGGGGAAGGUUCAGUGCUUGUCAGGGGAUGAUUUAGAGAAGCAAGCUACUGAGCUAGAAAAGCAAGAAAUGAUUGCAGAGAAGUGUUUCCUCCGUUUUCCAACCUUGCCAUUUAUCCCCAAGGAGCCUUAUGAUGUGAUUGCUACUGACUAUGAUAACUUUGCUCUUGUUUCGGGAGCAAAAGACAAAAGUUUUAUUCAGAUAUACUCAAGAACACCUAACCCUGGACCUGCAUUCAUUGAGAAAUACAAAGCUUAUUUGGCUAACUUUGGGUAUGAUCCAAGCAAAAUCAAGGACACCCCACAAGAUUGUGAAGUUAUGUCCAACAGUAAGCUUGCCGCCAUGAUGUCCAUGUCUGGGAUGCAAAAGGCACUUACAAAUGAAUUUCCUGAUCUAGAAUUAAGGAGCUCUGUCCAAUUUAAUCCCUUCACAAGCGUGUUUGAUACUUUGAAGAAGCUACUGGAGCUUUAUUUCAAAUAGAAAAAUGAAGUUUGUGUACAUUAUAACCCUGCUUCUGUGCUCCACGUAGAGCAACAGAUACAUAACUCUUUCCCAAUACUGUUAAUCUUCUCUACCGUUUGUGAACUCUUCCUGGUAAUUUCUCAAUCAAGAUCAACUACAAAGUCCAAACUAUCAAACAUGUGUAAGUUGUUGAUGGCUAACUCUAUCUCGUUCUCAGAUUGAAGUAUUUGUUUUCAGUUUUCUA